UGUGCCCUAACUGAGCGGCUGAGUGAGCUGACUGACAUACCUCUACUCCAGUCCACUCUGCUUCUCGUUCGUUCGGGGUUCGCAUCGCCCGCCACAGCCAGUCAGCAAGUCGCCGCUGCCCCCUUCGGCCAUCUCCCCUCCUCUGUUCUGGUCGCCUGAAGCCUGAGGGGAACAAGACUGCGGGAGAUUUCACCAUAAAACGAGAUUUCGCCUGAAGCCUGAGUCGAGCGUUUGACUUUCUGCAAGCUUCGUCUUCACCUCCGCCGUUCUUCCUUGCAUCUCAUCUCAUCUCAUCUGCUCGUUGUCACUCUGUCGCCGUCUUGCCGACAUCAAGGUUGUUAUCUGUUGGGCAGGGCGGCCUGAAGUUGUCCACCCUGCCUUGCCUAGCCUGAACUAAUAGGGUUUUUUGUGGGCAAGGUUGGGCAGCAGGCUGCAUUUUGUAGCUCGUGCACUCGCAAGUCGCAACUUGCAAUGCAUCUGAGCAUCUCCACACUCGCAUCUGAGCAUCUUGCUGUCUCCACUCCACUCUAGUCUGCAGCCUCCACACUCUACUUCUCCACUCUCCCAUUUUGCUCUUGACAAUCGGCGCAGCUUCCAUUCCUGUUUGGCUGUCUCAUGUUCACUCCGACUUAACUCUUCGUCAUCGCUGUCUUGUGCUUUUACUUGGCUCUGCGGUGCUCGUCUCUUGCUUAGAUCUGUGUUGCUCGUCUCAGUGUUGUCGUGCUCUUGCCCAUUGCCGUCUCUUGUUUGACUGUUCGCUCUUGCUCGUGUCUGUCUCUUGCUUGUCCAUGUUGCCGACUUGUCGUGAUCUCUGUCUCGUUCAUUUCUCCUUUUGCGGGUGCCCAGAUUUACUGAAGGUUGCAUCUAGAAGACUUACUUUUUCCGCAAAGACAAAGACACAAUCCCUUUCCACCAUGGCAGUUGAUGAAGAUAAUGUUGGUAAUGUCAAGAGACAAUUGGCAAAACUAUUUGAGAUAUCUCUGACGGCAACAGUACCUGAUGAGCCUGAUGUGGAGCCUUUAAUUGCUGCUUGCACGGGAAAAUUUGGUGACUACCAAUGUAACAAUGCAAUGGGCAUAUGGUCUAAAAUAAAAGGAAAGAAAACAGAAUUUAAGGGUCCUCCAUCUGUUGGGCAGGCAAUCAUGGGGAAUCUUCCUCCUUCUGAGAUUAUAGAUUCAUGCUCUGUGGCUGGGCCUGGAUUUGUCAAUGUUGUCUUAUCAAAGAAUUGGAUGGCGCAUAACUUACAAAGGAUGCUAAUUCAUGGUAUAGAGACAUGGGCACCACGACUUCCAGUCAAGAGGGCAGUGGUUGAUUUUUCCUCUCCCAACAUUGCAAAAGAAAUGCAUGUUGGUCACUUGAGAUCUACCAUUAUUGGGGAUACAUUAGCUCGUAUGCUUGAAUUUUCACAUGUGGAAGUUCUCCGCCGGAAUCAUGUUGGGGAUUGGGGAACACAGUUUGGUAUGCUAAUUGAAUUCCUUUUUGAAAAAUUUCCAAACCCAGAAAAUGUCAAUGAAGCAGCCAUUGGAGAUCUUCAGACAUUCUACAAGGCUUCAAAACAGAGAUUUGACAGUGAUCCCGAAUUUAAGCAGAGGGCGCAACAGGCAGUGGUCCGUCUUCAGGGUGGGGAAACCAAAUAUCAUAAGGCAUGGGCACAAAUUUGUGAAAUUAGCCGGACUGAAUUCCACAGGGUCUAUCAACGUCUUGGAGUUCAUUUGGAGGAAAAGGGAGAGAGCUUUUAUAAUCCGUAUAUUCCUGGGGUUUUAGAGGAACUGAGUAGACAAGGACUGAUUGAAGAAAGCGAAGGAGCUCGUGUGAUAUUUCUUGAAGGGGUAAACAUACCACUUAUUGUCGUGAAGAGUGAUGGUGGUUACAACUAUGCUUCAACCGACCUAGCUGCCAUUUGGUAUAGACUAAAUGAAGAAAAAGCUGAGUGGAUUAUAUACGUUACAGAUGUAGGGCAACAGCAGCACUUCGAUAUGGUCUUUAAGGCUGUUAAGCGAGCUGGCUGGUUGCCAGCAGAUGAUGCUUCAUAUCCCAAAGCUACUCAUGUGGGCUUUGGUCUUGUUCUUGGGGAAGAUGGAAAACGUUUUCGCACUCGCAACACUGAAGUUGUUCGACUGGUUGAUUUGCUUGAUGAAGCCAAGAAUCGCAGCAAAAGUGCCCUAAUUGAGCGAGAAACGGCUAAAGAUUGGUCUGAUGAGGAGGUUGAGAAGACAGCAGAGGCUGUUGGUUAUGGCGCUGUUAAGUAUGCUGACCUGAAGAACAACAGACUAACAAAUUACACAUUCAACUUUGAUCAGAUGCUUAGCGAUAAGGGCAAUACUGCUGUCUAUUUAUUGUAUGCUCAUGCCCGGAUCUGUUCCAUUAUCAGGAAAUCUGGUAAAGACAUAGAAGAGUUAAAAAGAACUGGGAGAAUAGCAUUGGAUCAUCAAGAUGAGCGUGCACUGGGGCUCCAUUUGCUACAAUUCUGUGAGGUUGUUGAGGAGGCAUGCACCAAUUUAUUGCCCAACGUGUUGUGUGAAUACCUAUAUAAUUUAUCAGAGAUCUUCACAAAAAAGUUUUAUUCCAAUUGUCAGGUUGUUGGGUCGCCUGAGGAAACAAGUAGACUCUUGCUUUGCGAAGCAACAGCCACUGUGAUGAGAAAGUGUUUUUAUCUCCUUGGGAUUGUACCUGUCUACAAGAUAUGAUUCAUCAAGUGUAAAAUACACAAUUUUUGCAGCUGUCAUUUUUUGUACACCUCUCUAGACUUGUUAAUUUAAAACUCAUCUGUCCUCCGGGGCUUUAGUUUCCUGUUGUGUCCACGUGGCCGGAAGAAAACGUGGUAAAUGAUGAGUGCUGUGUAAUAUUUGAACUUUUAUUUGACAUGAUAUGCCGCUAAUCCCCAAUUUUCUUCAUCUUGUGAUGUGAGCUUGUAACCAUAUGCCAUGUCCGAAGUUAUGGCAGAAGUUAAAUUGCACUUCCUUUUCUUUUCCUCAA